AUGCCCGGUGCUAACCCCGCCGGCCAGGUGUUCGACGAAACUCCCCUCCUGAGAGGGAUCUGUUAUGUUCUUGGCCAAACGACCGCCUUGGUCGUCUCAGAUUACCAGGUUCUGCAUCCUUCCCCUCCACGCUGUUCCCUGGAUCGUUUGGUGUACAAGGAGGGUGCGCUACAGUGGCGGCGGCGGCGGCGGCGACAAUGCCACUCCAGGGACAUCUGGCCGGCUGUCCGAGCUGUUUUGGCCGGCCCGGUGCACGUCGCUGCUGGUGUUAUUGGGCGAGCUCUGGAACGGGGGCAGUCGUCGGAUUCGCUGGAGCUGGAGCUGGAGAGGCUCCAUGUCGACCUGGACCCCUUUGUUGUCAACCGGGUGCUCCGGAGCGUGUCGGACUCAGAGACGGCAGUGCGGUUCUACUGGUGGGCAGAGUCCAGGCCUGGGUUUGAUCACACCCAGUUCGCGAUAGCCUACAUUGUCAGCCUGCUGUUUAUAGACAUCAACUUUUUCCUGCUGUCGGAGUUCCUUGAGAGAAUGCUUGAUAAUAUGGAGAUGAGAGGAACCAGUCCAGAUGUUGUGACUUACACAACAGUUGUUGGAUUUUUAUGUGAUAAUAAGCAGUUUGCAGAAGCGGUCGAGCUUUGGGAAGAAAUGAGUGAUAAGGCUCACGAGGCUUUUGAGCUGGCAUUGAGGAUGCUGAGUCUUAAUUUAGAACUCAAUGUCUGUAUUUACAAUGCCCUGAUAAGUGGCUUCUUGAGAUCUGGAAGCAUUAAUAAAGCCUUCAAAAUCAUAUCCUUCAUGCGGACAAAUGGGUGUGAGCCAGAUGUUGUCACAUAUAAUAUCCGUUUGAACCAUUACUGCGAUGCAGGUAUGAUAAAGGAAGCUGAAAAGUUGAUCGAGGAGAUGGAAAUGAGUGGGGUAGUAAAUCCUGAUCGGUACAGCUAUAAUCAAAUGUUAAAAGGAUUGUGCAAAGCUCAUCAAUUGGACAGGGCAUUUGGUUUUGUUUCAGAUCAUAUGGAGGUUGGUGGGUUCUGUGAUAUUGUAUCUUGUAACAUACUGAUUGACGCAUUUUGCAAGGCAAAGAAAGUAACUUCUGCAUUGAAGCUGUUCAAAGAAAUGGGUUAUAAGGGAAUACAAGCAGAUGCAGUGACAUAUGGAACUCUAAUUAAUGGUCUCUACGGUGUAGGAUACUACAACCUAGCUGAAGAAAUUUUUGAGCAGAUGCUGAAAGCUCAGGUUGUUCCAAAUGUUAAUCUGUAUAAUAUUAUGCUCCAUAACCUCUGUAAAGCUGGUCAGUUUGAACAGGCUCAGAAAAUUUUCUUGCAGAUGAUUAAGAAGGAAGUGUCGCCAGAUAUUAUUACUUUUAACACGCUCAUAUAUUGGCUCGGGAAAAGCUCAAGGGCAAUUGAAGCUGUUGAUCUGUUCAGGGAUAUGAGGGCUAGAGGUGUAGAACCUGAUAGCUUGACAUUUAGGUAUUUGAUCAAUGGCCUCCUAGAGGAGGGGAAAGCUACACUGGCUUAUGAGGUAUGGGAAUAUAUGAUGGAGAAUGGCAUAAUUCUCGACAGAGAUGUUUCUGACAGGCUGAUAACUGGACCUGGACCAGACCCAAAAGCAGACACACCAGAGAAACAGUGGACAAGCCAUGCCACUGUAGUUGAGCAAGUCUCUCAAGAAAUGUUGAUACCAGGGUAG